GUCACGGCUAUAGCAAAACUGAGCGCAACAUCAAGACCAACACCGACAACUGCAUGGAGAGGUCACAAACAGGGACAUUCGAUCACAUUAAGCAACAUGAUCAAUUUGAAUGAGGAGGAAUUGUUUUACUUCGUUUCUUCUGAUGCCAAGAAAGUGACAGGAGGGAUUUGAGAGUGACAUGGAUAAUCAAGACCAACAGAAGGGAUUUUAAACGACAGCCUGUGUGGAUGUAACGGUUGGGCAGCCGUUAAGAGCAACGUCGAUACGUCUUGGCAACAGGCAUGAUUAUCUUUCUCUUACAGCAGCUGCAGCCAAAAUAGCUCAUAAGCACACUGCAUGUAUUUAUUCAACAAUUUUCAAAUUUGAUCCAAUGAAUAUCUGAAGAUUCACAUUUGAUCUCACAACAAUGGCUCACUUAAUUCGACACAAGAUCGGCAACAAGCUGACCAAUGCAGCCAACACAGUGUCCAAUAAGUCUCAGGCCAAGGUCAGCGGAGUGUUCGCCAGACUGGGUUUCCAGGCCGCUACAGAUGAAGAGGGUCUGGGGUUCGCGGACUGCGAUGACUUGGACUAUGACUACAGGCAGGGGAUGCAGAUGGACAUCAUGCAGGGCGACGAGGAAGGGGGAGAGAUGGACGGAGGAGACGAGUUGAUGGAGGGAGACAGCCACUACCAGAGAGAUGGCACAGGCCCAUCAUCCUCCUCCAUCAAGAACACUGGGGCGUGUAACGAGUUGGCAUCAGAGGUCAAACCCAAAAUUACGUCUUGGGAAGCGGGGUGGAACGUCACCAAUGCCAUUCAGGGGAUGUUCGUCCUUGGGUUACCCUACGCCAUUCUUCACGGAGGAUACCUCGGACUCUUUCUAAUCAUAUUUGCCGCUGUUGUAUGUUGUUACACCGGAAAGAUUCUUAUUGCGUGCCUGUAUGAGGAGAACGAGGAUGGAAUUCUGGUGCGCGUGAGGGACUCCUACGUGGACAUCGCCAACGCUUGCUGCCAGCCACGGUUCCCGUCUCUGGGCGGGCAUAUCGUUAACGUUGCUCAGAUCAUUGAGUUGGUCAUGACCUGUAUCCUGUACGUGGUGGUCAGUGGCAACCUGAUGGUCAACAGCUUCCCCAAUUUGCCGGUCUCGCAGAAGGCCUGGUCUGUAGUCGCCACGGCCGCCCUCUUGCCUUGCGCGUUCCUCAAGAGCCUCAAGGCUGUGUCUAAGUUCAGCUUGCUUUGCACUAUCGCGCACUUCGUUAUCAACAUCCUGGUAAUAGCCUACUGCCUCUCCAGAGCCCGCGAUUGGGCCUGGGACAAAGUCAAAUUCUAUAUUGAUGUCAAGAAGUUCCCCAUCUCCAUUGGCAUCAUCGUCUUCAGCUACACGUCCCAGAUCUUCCUGCCCUCGCUGGAGGGGAACAUGCAGAGGCCAAGCGAGUUCCACUGCAUGAUGGACUGGACCCACAUUGGAGCCUGCGUCCUGAAGGGCCUGUUCGCUCUGGUGGCCUACUUGACUUGGGCAGAUGCCACCAAAGAGGUCAUCACGGACAACCUGCCGUCCACCAUCAGAGCGGUGGUCAACCUAUUCCUUGUGGCUAAGGCCUUGCUGUCAUAUCCGCUGCCAUUCUUCGCUGCUGUAGAGGUCCUGGAGAAGUCUUUUUUCCAGGAUGGAGGGCGCGCCAUAUUCCCUGACUGUUAUGGCCCGGGAGGAAGGAUUAAAUCCUGGGGACUGGGCCUCCGGUGCCUCCUGGUGGUGUUCACGUUGAUCAUGGCCAUCUUUGUCCCUCACUUCGCACUCCUCAUGGGCCUCACCGGGAGUCUUACCGGCGCCGGGUUGUGCUUCCUUCUCCCAGCUCUCUUUCAUCUAAAGCUGAUGUGGAGGAAACUUUUAUGGCACCACGUGUUCUUUGACGUCGCCAUAUUUGUCAUAGGGGGGAUAUGCAGCAUUUCUGGUUGUAUUCACUCAGUAGAAGGGCUCAUCGAGGCAUUCAAAUAUGGAGUCGAAGAAUAAGAACGUUCUACCUCUGUAGCCCAUACCUUAAAUUUGGUCAUACUCUCAUCAAUCAUAGGCGCGUAAUGACAGACUGAUUGACAGCGCAUAAGGGAUACUGUGUAAUUGUUUUACUUCGUUUUUUUUGUUUUGCCUUCUUGAUGACAAUGUGCAAUAAUCACAUUUAUAAUCAUAGUGUAGAGUAUUCAGUGCUGAAAUGUUGUGUUAACUAAGAAGGGGGUAAUGCAUCGUCCUUGGAGAAUGGAUCAUCUCUGAAGCAGUGAAUAUCAUGCAAGGUUCGAUCAGGCAAGGUUAUGUGAAAAUGAGCUGUGCAUAGGCCUCACUUAUGUGUGGAUGUGUUGAUAUCUGCAUUGAGAAUUAGUUUAUUAGCGUUUUAUUUUUGGUUUCUAGCUGCUAAAUAAUUAGAUAAUAAUCACAUGCCAGAUCCAGUCGAUUUAAAGAUAAAACACGCUCGGGGCACCCACAUGGGAUGGAGCUAUAGGAUAAAUGUAGUUGGUUAAUCAAAAUAUUUCGAUUAGUUUUCAACUGUACUUGGUUUUUGGUGUUUCAAGUGUCAUUAUGGAUGAAGUGAAUUAUUGCAGUGCAAACCAGUGGCUCUAAAUGUUUAUAUGAAACCAUCUGUCUUCUGUAGUCUACCUAUCUGUUGAACGUGAAUUGUGCUUUCAUUGAAUUUAUCAUGACGUGUAAGGAAAUAGUAUGUGUUGAGUAAGCAGAGAAAUUAAUCGAAUAUUUUAUGCGUUAUGUUCAUAUCUUUGGAUUCAUUACAUGUCUAUAAUUUGUGCACGCUCAUGUUUGUGGGAAAAAAUAAUAUAUGGGUGAUUAAAAUCUAUGUUUUUAUGGAUUAAUAUAGAAAGUUUGGAGGGUUUUCUGUAAAACGGUCAAAUGGAAGCAGAGUCUGUGGAUUAGGAAGGCUGUAUGUUGUUGUGUGGAGGAGGAUUCUGCUAAUUAUCACAGGCUCACUCACCUCAUGCACAUGUGCAUUGUCUGCCUGUAUGCUUAGACUCAGCAUGCAUUCAAAUGUUCAACAUUUACUUGAAUCAUGUUGUAGCCGUAACACACCAUAUAUUUUAUUGAACCUUUAUUUAACUAGGCAAGUCUUACAAAUUCUUAUUUACAAUGACGGGCUACCCCGGUCAAACCUUAACCCGGACGACGCUGGGCCGAUUGUGCGCCGCCCUAUGGGACUCCCAAUCACGGCCGGUUGAGAUACAGCCUCGAAUCGAAACAGGGUCUGUAGUGACGCCUUUAGCACUGAGAUGCGGUGCCUUAGACCGCUGCGCCAAUCCGGAUCCCAUAUAUUAAGCAUAACAAAUAUUAUUUGAAAUGACAUUAUUCUGCACUGUAAAAAGCACCACAUCUUUAAUUUCCUGAUUUGCAAUAGUAACAAUUCUUCUCAUAAUGAGGAUGUUCUGGUAUGGGUCCCACAUGACGCUUGUGAAAGUUCUGACGCUCUUGUAACUAGGGGUCAGUAUUGGAAACUUUGGGGACCUCAGUGGAACAAAAAUUAAAAUACAUAACCCCAGAUAGCAUAUGAUAGCAAAAUGUGUAGAAUUGCAGGAAAUGAGCUUUACAACUGCAAACAUUUCUCUCAAGCCUCACUGUACCUGACCACUCACCAAAGAGGAUAGGUGUUCAACAGUUUCACUUUACAAUGAAAAGGAAGCUAUGAUCCCAUAUUGAUGUCACCUGUUAAAUCCACUUCAAUCAGUGUAGAUGAAGGCGAUUAGACAGGUUAAACAGGGAUUUUUAAGCCUUGAGACAAUGGAAACAUGGAUUGUGGGAGAGGGUGAAUGGGCAUAACAAAAGAUUUAAGUGCCUUCGAACGGGGUAUGGUGGUAGGUGCCAGGCGCACCGGUAGUAGUGUGUCAAGAACUGCAGCGCUGACGGGUUAUUCAUGCUCAAAAGUUUACCGUGUGUAUCAUGAAUGGUAUACCACCAAAAGGACAUCAAGCCAACUUUAACACAAAUGUGUGAAGCAUUGGAGUCAACAUGGGCCAAUAUCCGUGUGGAACACUUUCAACACCUUGUAGAGUCCAUGCCCUGACGAAUUGAGGCUGUUCUGUGUGCAAAAAGGUGUGCAACUCAAUAUAAGGAAGGUGUUCAUUGUAUAAAUAUCACAUGAUUUGAUCGCAAUUGAGUCCCAAAUCAGAACUACAACCAUCUAGACUUGAGCUAGGAAUCAACUUAGGUAAAUUCUUCAUUGCAUUUUACAUGCCUUCAAAAAGUAUUCACACCACUUGACUUUUGCCACAUUUUGUUGUGUUACAGCCUGAAUUUAACAUGGAUUAAAUCGUUUUUUUGGCACUGGUUUACACACAAUACCCCAUAAUGUCAAAGUGGAAUUAUGUUUUUUAAUUAUUUUUUUAAAUAAAAGCUUUAAUGUCUUGAGUCAAUAAGUAUUCAACCCCUUUGUUGAGACAUGCCAAAAUAAGUUCAGGAGUAAACAUGUGCUUAACAAGUCACAUAAUAAGUUGCAUGGACUCACUCUGUGUGCAAUAAUAGUGUUUAACAUGAUUUUUGAAUGCAUUCUUCUUCUCCAGAUGUGGAAAGCUUUUGUUCCAAGACUCCCAGCAGUAAUUGCUGCCAAAGGUGCUUCUAUAAAGUAUUGACUCUUAUGUAAAUUAGAUAUUUCUGUAUUUCAUUAACAAUACAUUUGCUAAAAUUUCUAAAAACA